AUGCCUCGCAAGCUGCGAUGCCUUUGUACGCGUGCUACUCAACCGAUGGAAGUUAGUUUCGAGAAGCUUGCCACCCUCCGAGGACAUAACUCUGAUAUUACAACGUCGCUGUAUUUCCAUGUCCCGAAUCCGAACGGACGUCUUACCCCGACUCUUGUCACAGGGGAUUCCACUGGAUGGCUUGUGUGGUGGGACUUGGCGAUCAGACGCCCUAUCGGGGUUUGGAGGGCACACGAUAAAACCAUCAUAACAAUCAAGCAGUUAGGUGUUGGCCUAUCUGAGCUCGGGGAAGUGGCUAUAAGUGGAGAUAGCUAUGGAAUUCUUGUCACCCACGGCAAAGAUGGAGAGGUGAGGCUCUGGAGUCUCUUGACAAAGGCUGCUGGUAUGAACGAGCAGCCCAGCUAUGACUUUGUGAAGCUUUCCAAGACGUUUCCUCCGGAGCCAGAUAGCCCCGCAAUCAAGGAUUCAGCCCUUAGCGUUGCCUCUAGGCCGUACUAUAUCAGCAUUCCUGUCAACACGCUAAACUUUUGCAAUGUCGAUGUUGCGGGCGGCCUACUCGUCACACCCUCCACCGUUGACUCUGAUAAGUUUGACGUGUAUCGCUUACCAAGCGAACUGAACAGAUUCAACCGGUUGGUUCGGUUAGCGGACCCCUUUCAAUUGCUCCAAGCAAACCCUAAAUCAUUCAACGUUUCUAUUCCUUCCAACUCGGAAAGAGGCAACUUUGGUUCGUUGAUGCGAAUUAUUGUGAAUGAAAGCUUACUCUUUGUGGGGUUUGAGUCGGGGCACGUUAUGGGCAUCCAUAUUCCUGUUCUUUCGGGUAAUCAGAGCGCCAAUGAGACGGAGAUGCACGUUGUCCAUCUUUCAGACUACCAUGUCCCCAACCCGGUCAUUUCUAUGCGGUGCGAGAAUGGUAAUCUUAUUAGUGGAUCAGCAGGGAGGACCAUAGAAGUGGUUGAGGUGGCCAAGAUGACCGUUUCCCCGAAUGAGGCGUUCAGAUUUAAGACGUCCAAGCGAGGGGCCAAUGAUUUGUCUCUUCGAGAUGAUGGCCUACUAGCAGUGACGGGCUGGGAUGGCUGCACAAGGCUUUACCGCCGAAGUGGAAUGGACGCGAAAGCACUGGAAGCUGGCUGUUUUUCCAAGCGAAACCCGUUGGUUACGGCAACACAUCACACCCAAAACAGUGACAACAAGCCAGCGCCUCAAAAUGUGAAGGCUCGGACCGUGGCGUUGACUGCCACCCGAUCAAGAAAGAGCGAUGUUGUGCCCGUAAGAAGACGCUUCCGUGCCGAAAAGACCCCUGAGUAUAUGUGCAUCGGAUACGAAGAUGGGACCGUUGAAGUUUAUUAUCCGAAGGGCUAA